GAUAAAGAAGAGGAAGAGAAUGACAAAAGAGUUCGCAAAAGAGAUCGCAGGCAAGCAAAGUUGCCACUAUCACCUACAAAUUUUGAGCCACUAGCCCAUCCAAAACAGCUUCACAAAGAGUUCAUGAAUUUGCCCCCAUACCAUAAAGUCACCAUCAAUACGAAUUCAUAUGCAUUAAUUAAUGGCGCUGAUGUUCUUACUAGUUCAAAUGUUUCGAUUAACGAGAUGAUGAUCAGAUUUUCAGGAAGAAGUGUUCACAUUGUCCAAAUCAAAAACAAACCAAUUCCAGAAGGAUACAAGGUUUUGUCACUUUGUGAAUCUGGAUAUACAUAUACUUUCUUGCCAACUUCCUGUAUUUACCCAAGUGAUGUAGAAAAAGCUCUUCAGCAAAUUGGUGUUGGCUCCUACGUACAUUCUGGUGUCAUAAAAAAUAGGGUGUUGGCUGUGUUCUGGCAGGACAAUGGUUCAGUCACAAUGCUGUCAACAAUACAUAGUCUUGUUGGCAAUGAGUGGGAAAUAGAACAAGUACGAUGGUGGCCAAGGGAAACUAGCACUAAUGCAACAAAAGUGCAUGCAGUAUUUGGCUCUCAAUCAAAGAAAGUAUUAAAGAUCCCCAAGAUAAUAGAUGAUUACAACCAUUACAUGAAUGGUUCAAUGCAAGGUCAAAAGGAAUUUCGCCUUGAACUUGUUUGGGAUUUAAUAAAUCUUGCAAAUAAUGUUGGUGACAAAGCAUUUCGAGCUUCCAAACCAACAGUUUGUGCCUGGCAACCAUUUUUUAGAGUGGAGACAGAGGCGAGAGUCAUGUUUGUG